AUGCCGACUCGUGUUUUCCUGGGCCAUCUCUCGCGAGAUGCCUCCGACAGAGACAUCGAACAACUCUUCAAAAACUAUGGCCACAUACGCGAAGUUACCCUCAAGAACGGCUUUGGCUUUGUCGACUUUGAUGAGUCAAGGGAUGCCGACGACGUCGUCCAUGACUUCCAUGGCAAAGACUUCCUGGGCGAGAGACUUGUAGUGGAGAUUGCUCGCGGUGAACGCAAACGGGAAGACCGCGGUAGCAGUGACCGCUACGGUCCGCCCGAGAGAACUGAAUAUCGCUUGAUGGUCAACAACUUGGCCCAUGGCGUCAGCUGGCAGGAUAUCAAAGAUAUGAUGCGUAAGGCUGGCGAAGUCACCUACGCGGACUUGAGCAAGGAUCAGGAAAACCAAGGAGUUGUGGAGUUUCAAACAGAGGCGGACGCACAGAAAGCACUGAAGACGAUAGAUGGAGAAUUGUUACGAGGAAAACCCGUUGCCUUGCGCCUGUUUGACCCGUCGCGCGACACGGUGCCUCGCGAGGGCGGUCGUGGUGGACGUGAUCGAGGCCGUGAGCGUGAGCGCGACCGUGGGGACCGGUACAGAGGAUACAGCCGCGAGCGUGAGCGUGGAUACAGUCGUGAUCGAGGAUAUGACCGGGAUCGUCGGGACAAAGGCCGUCGUCGUUCUCGUUCGCCCAGUCGUGGUCGUCGUGGCGAAAGCCGAGAUCGCAGCCGUGAGCGUCGCGCCAGCGCCAGUACUAAUAGCGGAGGACGUGCAGGUCGGAACCGUGAGCGUGAACGUGAAUUUGAACGCGAGCGGGAUCGUGAAAGACAUGGUGUUCGUCGUGGACGUUCUCGCUCUGGAAGCCGGGACUGA